AGAGAGAGAGAGAGAGAGAGAGAGAGAGAGAGAGAGAGAGAGAGAGAGAGAGACGGAGAGAGCAAGCGAGCGCCUGUUAGGUCGGCAUGUAGCCUAAACUUGUUCUCUGUUUCUGUUUUUUUUUUUAAGUAAUGUAUUUGACUGGGACUUUUCAAUAAUGCAAUACUUUUCCUACUUCAUCUUCACUAUAUGAUGUUAUUCAGAGGGUGAUCGCAUACAGAAGUGGUCCUACAACAGACAUAAUCAUGGCCAGGGUAGAGGUCACCACUGCGCCAGCUUUGGAGCUUCUUGUUAUGAGCGAAGGGGUCGGGGAAAAAGAGCCGGUCAGCGGGGAGGAUAUCAAGGUCGUCAUGGCUGACAGUGGACAGUCAGCACUUCCGGAGACCCCAGAGUCCCAGAGCGGGAAGGAAGUUCACGGAGUAGAUCCGGCGUGUUUAGAAGAGCCGUCAGAACAUGGACCCGCGGCCCAGCCAGAGGAUGAGCCGGCGGGACCUCCUUCAGCGGACCAGGGGGCUGCGGUGACGAUCAGACACCAUAUCCCAGGGAAACAGGGGGACGGGCCGAGCCAAGGGGAUGGAGGAGGACAGAGAGCAGAAGAGGAAGGAGACCCAGCAGCAACUGCAGAGGCGGACGGAGAGGAGAAAGGAGAAGAGCCAGAGUCGGACGAACAGCAGACAGACACAGAGGCGCAGAUCAAACUGGAGGCACAAAAGCAGGCCCAACGGCUGAGCCCUGAGUUCCCGGAGGCGCUGUACGAGCUGCUGUGCACGCUGCAGGAGGGCCGGCGCCUCAACGACCAGCGCUGCUCCUUCCGCCUCAAACCAGGAGUCUCCAGGAGGAGGUGCCAGUCCGUACCCAGCUCCACCAAGCCGGCCCACAGAGUGAUCUUCUCCUCCGUGACUUCCCUGCAGCAGGAGGAGUUCUUUGAGCAGGUUGCCGUGGCGCAGGCCCGUCGUCUGGAUGACCAGCGGUCCGAGCUGCAGGGCCCACUGGUCCCUCCAAUCAGUAAGAUCAAGGGCCGGAGCUUCAGGGGCAGCUUGAGGCAGCUCUCCAUCCACAGGAAGCCCCCCUCGCCAGCCCCUGUUCCAAAGGAGGACCUCUACACCAUGAUACUCAACACACAGGCCCAGGGUCGGCUGGAGGACCAGCGAAGCCGGGCCCCGGGGCCCAUGGACGACGAGGACUUCUUCUCUUUGCUGCUGAAGGUCCAGGGAGGACGCAUGGAGGAGCAGAGGACUGAGUUCCCUCAGCUCCUUCUUCUGACCUGAGUCAGCAAUGUCCAACAUCUCCACGCAGAUUACUGCCCAACUCAGAAGCAACCGCCAUCAACUACUAGCUUCCACACCGGCUGCCAUCUUAUAAAGUGACCAUUUAAAGGAAUUGUUAAGACGACAAUCCUCUUGACUGUGCUUCUGCCUUUGGAUUUAUUAGUUAGCUAAUUUGCUAUAUAGCCAGUUAGCUAUUAUAGGUGAGCUCUGAUUGGCAUUCUACAGCGGUAGCACUGUUAGCUUAGCAUGGCAACAUGCCAUUGAAUGACCCGCAUACAAGCUUGAAAUGGGUGACCUGUGCUUCCUAUGUUCUUUCCAUUCGUUGAUAAAUGCUUGUUCAUCUGUAUUUCUUAUCUUGUUGAAGGCAUAUUGAAACCUUUCCCUUGGAAUGCCCUUCAAAUUAGUAAUUAUGUUUGUUUUUAUUACAACUCUUAGUACUUUCUAAUAAUUGAGCUGAUCAUUUUAUCCAAAGUUACUGAAUCCAAAGUGAAUUCAGGUGUAUGUGGUUAACGGGCAGGGCGAAGGUUUCUGGGGGCAUUUGUUCAUGGAUGCUUACAGGUUGGCUGCGGACAUUGGGGAUCAAAUCUAGCACCUACUUGGGUUGGGAUUUUGAUAACCGAGCAGCAAAUGUGAUCCAGAAAAUUAUCUUGAUCUGGUGUGGUCAUGCUUUCUAUAAAUGUGGGUUUGGGGUUUUCUCUGAUUGGGGAUUUUCUCUUGCUGUUUUGUACGUGAGACAGAAUGGUCUUUUUCCGUGUCAUGGUGGCCAGAAAGAGUAUAUUGGCACAAGUGACUGUACUUGACAUUAAUGGAAUGUCCGAAUUAGUUACUAGAUAAUAAAUAAAUUAUGAUGGAUGUGGAAAAGCUUUGAAUAUGAUA